AUGCAUAUUACCGAGGAACAAUUGCUCGGCGGCGCUUUGUCACGACUUUACAUCAAUCAUAAGUGGGAACGAAAUCCAAAUCUCUCCGUGAGAGAAAUUUUUUCAUCGGAUGAUGGAUGGCAAUUAUUUAAACAAUCUGCUGCUAUUACUCCGAAUCGUAUUGACAAUGUCAAUAGAUAUGGUCGUGUAGCAACUAUAGGUUCAUCCGGCAAAUACUAUUGCGGUGGCUAUCUUGAUUACAUGCGUUGUCGAUGUUGCAAUGGUCGAUGCGGCCCAAAUAAUGGGUGUAAUUGUUCUGCUUGUAUGGAACUUGAUAUUGAAAAACGCAGACUACCAAAGGGUACAUUGGUCAAUCGCGAUGGUGCACUGGCCAGUCGAAGCCAAAAAGAUCGAAAAACAUUCUAUUGUGGCCGUUGUAUAUUGCAACGAACGAUUGAUUGCAAUGGAUACUGUGGACCCCAGGAUGGACCUCAGUGCUAUGCUUGUCAAGCGCUAAAUGAACAAAUGCCACGUUAUAUGGCAUUAUUACAGUAA